GUACAACAGAUUUUUAUAAUUGAGAGAAUCUGAGAAGAGGACCUAUACCACUGUGGAGAGAGUGGAGUAAACACAGAGCACUAAAAAUCAGUGAAUUAAAGUCUACAUAUAAGUCAAGAUUCCAUAUUGGGCGGAGACUUCUGUAGUUCCAGUUUUUUUCUUCAAAACCCCAAAAUCAGCAAAAGCUGAAUUGAUUGAGGAAGAAGAAGAAGAAGAAAAAAUGGUGGAGAACAAGUUGGUACACUCUCCAUUAAUCACUUAUGGAUCAAUGCUCAGUCUUCUAUCUUUCACACCACCUUUUGUAAUCCUCAUGUGGUAUACAAAUGUGCACGCUGAUGGGUCUAUCUUGAAAACGUUCAAUCAUCUAAGGGAAAAUGGUUUGCAAGGAUUAAUUGAUAUUUGGCCAAAACCUACUGCAAUUGCUGGGAAGCUAAUCAUUUGUUAUGCUCUAUUUGAGGCGGCACUACAGCUUCUAUUGCCUGGUAAAACAGUCGAAGGCCCAAUAUCUCCAACUGGACAUAGGCCUGUCUAUAAGGCUAAUGGCAUGGCAGCAUAUGCAGUGACACUGAUCACAUAUAUCAGUCUCUGGUGGUUUGGAAUAUUUAAUCCUGCAAUUGUUUAUGACCAUCUGGGCGAGAUUUUCUCUACACUUAUUUUUGGGAGUUUAGUCUUCUGUGUUUUAUUGUACAUUAAAGGUCAUGUUGCACCAUCUUCCACUGAUUCCGGCUCAUCAGGGAACAUAAUAGUUGACUUCUAUUGGGGUAUGGAGCUUUAUCCUCGUAUCGGGAAACACUUCGAUAUUAAAGUCUUCACAAACUGCAGAUUUGGUAUGAUGUCUUGGGCAGUUCUUGCUGUCACGUAUUGCAUAAAACAGCAUGAAGAAUAUGGGCGUGUAUCUGAUUCCAUGCUUGUAAAUACGAUAUUGAUGUUGGUGUAUGUCACAAAAUUCUUUUGGUGGGAAGCUGGGUACUGGAACACAAUGGAUAUUGCACAUGACAGAGCUGGCUUUUAUAUAUGUUGGGGAUGCUUGGUGUGGGUUCCAAGCAUAUAUACGUCUCCUGGAAUGUAUCUUGUUAAACAACCUGUGAAUCUUGGGCUUCAGCUUUCCCUUUACAUACUAGUGGCUGGUCUUCUCUGCAUAUAUAUCAACUAUGAUUGUGACAGGCAGAGGCAAGAGUUCCGGAGAACAAAUGGAAAAUGCACUGUCUGGGGAAAGACUCCAUCUAAGAUAGUCGCCGCAUACACUACUACCUCUGGUGAGAAAAAGACCAGCCUUCUGCUUACAUCAGGAUGGUGGGGCUUAGCUCGCCAUUUCCACUAUGUUCCAGAAAUAUUAGCGGCAUUUUUCUGGAGUGUACCAGCUCUUUUCAACCACUUCAUUCCCUACUUCUACGUCAUCUUUCUAAUAAUCCUCCUUCUCGAUCGAGCUAAAAGGGACGAUGACCGAUGCAAGGCAAAGUAUGGCAAGUACUGGAAAUUGUAUUGUGAAAAGGUUCCUUACAGAGUUAUCCCAGGAAUUUACUAGUGAUUUUUGGACUUCUAAGAAUGUUUUACUAUAAAGUUUGAUGUAUUUUGUAGCCUCUUCAUGUUGUUGUUUGUAUGUACACUUAUUAGUUCCAACAGUUUUGAGAAACUUGUUUUUAUAUAAAAAUAGUGAAGACGCGAGUUGAGCACCAUGAGGUCUCA